GACUUGCCCUCAGCGGAUUUUUCAAAGCGCUCUCGGACAAAAUAUCGUAUAGCCGCCGCGCCAGGCAGGGCAGCGUGUGGGUGACCAGUCCCGGUCGUCACCUCCUCCUCCUCCUCUUCCUCCUCCUCUUUCCUCCUACGCUGUCGGUCCUGAGAAUAACAAAACUGAAAAAAGCUGCUUUUUUCUCAUCACCACCAACAGGACUUGCCAGAGCCGAAUGGAUUUUUAUGAGAUGCUUUCAGGCACGUUUGAGCUGGUCCACCUUUUGGCUUUGAAUUACGCGUGAUUGCCGGAGGAGGGGGGAAAAAGCGGAAAACCUCAUGGAUAGCGCGGCGGCGGAGGAUCAGCCUGUAAACUUGCCUGUUGCAGUCGCCAAGUGAGGAGGAUCACUCGGAGGCACGAGGCGCUAUUUUUUAACAACCUCCGGACUCUGUUUUUCUACCGCGAAGCCCCCCUCUGUGUUCCCACCGCGUCCAUCCAAGCGGGCAAGAGAGAGCGACCGACAGCCAACCGGAGGAGUCACGCUGAUUUUUUUUUUUUUUUUUUUUUUUUUUUACCCCUCAUAUCUCUUAUUUUUUUUAUUAUUAUCUUCGCAUUUGCUGGCUCUAUCUCAUCUGAUUUUCGAAAACUGCACACCCUCCUCUCCUUUGACACACACCCACCCCGAUCUAUGUGGGAGCCCUGAGAGCGCACCCGGGGGGGGAAACUGUGUAUCAAAGCUCCGCGGAUCCCCCAGGCAGCCUCGAAUCACCGGGGCCAGAGAAGAACUCCCUGCCGGGCCCCCGACGCCGACAUGCCGCGGAGGAAGCAGCAAGCGCCUCGGCGCGCCGCAGCAUAUGUCCCUGAAGAUGAGAAGGAAGCAGCCCUAUUGGAUGAGGACCUGGAUGGAGAUGACUCAGCUCAGGAAGGGGAGGAGCCUGCCGCCAAGUUCCUGUGUCAAGACAAGGACUUCCUUCUAAAGGACAGGCCAGGAUCCACUGGCUUCCAUGACUCCCCCAAUGCUGCUGACUUUUCUGGUCAAGAGCUGGACAGUGAGUCUCACCUGAGUGAAUCCAGUGACAGAAUGUCUGAUUUUGAGAUCUCCUCACUUAAAAAUGAGGAUGAUGUUCUCCUUUCUAAAGACCCCUCAAAUGCCCUGUCCCUGUCUUCCUCGUCUGUCAUGAUGGCCGCUGCCAAUGCUGCUGCUCCUGUAAGUGGAGAUGAGGCCAUAUUAGCCACAACAGGGUCUGUGGCUGACAGUCUGGAGAAGAUGAAGGCCAUUUACACCUCCUUCCUGACCAACUCCUAUUGGUCCACACUGAAUCUGAACCUGAGCCAGCCUCCUGCAGAAAAACCCCCUCGCAGUCACAGCAGCAGCAGUAGUAGCAGCAGUAGCAGUAGCUGUGGAAGUGGAGGCUAUGACUGGCACCAAACAGCUAUGGCUAAAACCCUCCAGCAGGCCUCACAGAACCACAACAACAGACUGGGUCUAGUUCAACAUCCCCCAGUGGCUGUAUCUACAGCGUCUACAGAACCUAACCUCUUUAGUACCGUCCAGCUGUACCGGCAGAGCUCAAAGCUGUACGGCUCUAUAUUCACUGGUGCCAGCAAGUCCCGCUGUAAGGACUGCAGUGCAGCAUACGAUACACUUGUGGAGCUCACAGUGCACAUGAAUGAGACAGGCCACUACCGCGAUGAUAACCAUGAGACAGAUAGUGAGGGUACUAAACGGUGGUCAAAACCCAGAAAACGUUCCUUGCUAGAGAUGGAGGGUAAGGAGGACGCACAGAAAGUUCUGAAGUGCAUGUACUGUGGGCACUCCUUUGAAUCCCUUCAGGAUCUAAGUGUCCACAUGAUCAAGACAAAACACUACCAGAAAGUGCCUCUGAAAGAGCCUGUUACACCAGUGGCAGCUAAGAUUAUCUCCUCGGCUCGAAAGAGAGUCCCUAUGGAACUAGACAUCCCUAGCUCACCAGACUCUAAUGGAGGCACCACACCUAAACCCACCUCCCUCAAUGACUCUAAUGACAUACUCCAGAAGGUCACUAACCCUUACAUCACACCUAACAACCGCUAUGGACACCAGAACGGUGCCAGCUAUGCCUGGCAGUUUGAGUCCAGGAAGUCACAGAUCCUCAAAUGCAUGGAGUGUGGUAGUUCUCAUGACACACUGCAAGAGCUUACCGCUCACAUGAUGGUGACUGGACACUUUAUUAAAGUCACCAACUCUGCUAUUAAGAAAGGCAAACCCAUUAUAGAGUCCUCCACCCCAACCCCUACGCCCAAUUCAACAGCUGAAGAAAAGGUCCAGUCCGUUCCCCUGGCUGCCACAACCUUCUCCCCUCCACCUGCUCCGGUGCCUCCUCCAACCAGCAUCUCCCCCACUGCCAUGGUUGUGGAGAUAAAAAAGGAGGAGAAGGAGGAGGAAUGCACUAAAGAGACCAUUAUCAAUAAUGGUAAUCUCAACAAGGAGAAGAAAGUAGGAGGUGAGGAGGAGGCUGAGGAGAAGUUUGAUAUUUCUUCAAAAUACUCUUAUCUGACUGAGGAGGAUCUGGAUGAAAGUCCAAAAGGGGGUCUUGACAUUCUUAAGUCCUUGGAGAACACAGUGACCUCAGCCAUCAACAAAGCCCAGAAUGGAGCUCCAAGUUGGGGUGGAUAUCCCAGUAUCCAUGCAGCCUACCAGCUCCCAAAUAUAAUGAAGCUCUCACUAGGCAACUCCGGGAAGAGCUCUCCCCUUAAGUACAUGUUCCCUGGGGGUGAGAUUCUCUCUCCAACUGGUAAGAUCCAGCCUCUGGUCUCCCCUCCCAGUCGCCAGAACUCCCCGUUACCCAAAAACAACUUCCAUGCUAUGGAGGAACUAGUCAAGAAAGUGACAGAAAAAGUGGCCAAGGUAGAGGAGAAAAUGAGAGAGCCCAGUGGUCUUGUGAGGGAAUCUCCUUUGAGACGCACCACGCCCUCACCCUGCAACAGUGAGGCAGGGGACUCGGCCCAGGGAGAGUCGCCCAAAGAAAAUAGAGCAGGAGGCUGUAAAACUCCAGAGAGUACAAGUGGAGCUGAAAAAGCAGUAAGUGAUGGAAGUGGAGCCAGUCACAGAGAUUCAAAUGGAGAUAUUUCCAUAAAGGAAUCUGUGGAGAAUGGAGUGGAGUCUGCUGCUGUGACAUCCCCCCUGCCUGCUUCCCUGUGUGGCAGCACAGCUAUCAUCACAGACCAUCCACCUCCGGAACAGCCAUUCGUCAACCCUCUCAGCGCCCUGCAGUCAGUAAUGAACGUCCACCUGGGGAAGGCCGCUAAGCCUGCCCUGCCCUCCCUUGACCCCAUGAGCAUGCUGUUCAAGAUGAGCAACAGCCUGGCAGAGAAAGCAGCAGUCGCUGCUUCCACCCCACCAGCACAGACCAAAAAGCCCAGUAAUGACCGCUUAGACCGUUACUUCUACCAGCAACAUCUAAACAAUGACCAACCCAUAGACCUCACCAAAGGCAAAAAUUCUGACAAAAACAGCAGUAGUAGUUCUUUGGGUUCUACAGCGCUUUCUUCUAACACCACCACCCCAUCCUCAAUUUCUCCCUCCUCCACUGUCACUAUGACCAAAGCCUCAGCUGCAGUAGCUUCCUUUAUGUCCACAUCCCCUUUGAGAGAAAAUGCACUGUCAGACAUAUCCGACAUGUUGAGGAACUUGACAGAAAGUCAGACUGUCUCCAAGUCCUCCACACCUACCAGCUUGUCCGAGCGCUCCGACAUUGAGGGCGUCACACAGGAGGAGACGGAAGAUGUUUCACCAGCCCAGAAACGUAAAGGCCGCCAGUCCAACUGGAAUCCUCAACACCUCCUCAUUCUACAAGCCCAGUUUGCUUCCAGUCUGAGACAAACAAGUGAUGGCAAGUACAUGAUGUCGGACCUGAGCCCACAGGAGAGAAUGCACAUCUCCCGUUUUACUGGCCUCUCAAUGACAACGAUAUCCCACUGGUUGGCUAAUGUCAAGUACCAGCUAAGGAGAACCGGUGGCACCAAGUUUUUGAAAAACUUGGAUUCAGGUCACCCAGUGUUCUUCUGCAGUGACUGCGCCUCUCAGAUCCGCUCACCAUCCACCUACGUCAGCCACUUGGAAUCCCACUUGGGCUUCCGUCUGCGGGACCUGGCCAAGCUUUCUGGGGAGCAGCUGCUCAGCCAGAUUUCGCAGCAACAUCAUCAACAACGCCACACCAAAGGACUAUCUGAAAAACUGCUCUCUAAUCUUCACCCAACCAGUCACCCUUUACCCUCCUCUCUACCCACAUCCCUAUCCUCUUCUGUACCAAUCUCCCUGCCCUCGUCCUUAACCACCUCUCUGCCCUCAACUGAAUCUCCAUCACCCUCCCCCGACGAUGACGACAGUGGGGCAAUGUACCAGUGCAAGCUCUGCAACCGGACUUUUGCGAGCAAGCAUGCAGUCAAGCUUCACCUGAGCAAGACUCAUGGGAAGUCCCCUGAGGACCACCUCAUGUAUGUGUGCGAGCUGGAGAAACAGUAGCACUGGCUGAGGACAUUGCUGCGUUCUUUUGUAAUGGCUCACUGUUUCUUGCUCUGUCUCUCGUAAGCCUUUCACGGACAUUUCUUUCAAAGAAAAGAAAGGAUUAUUAACAUGAUGGAACUGCACAAAGAUGCCAUGCAACUACUGUUUUGAGUUUUGGCACAUGGUUUUGAAUUUUGUGUUGUAGCAGUUGUUUUUUUCCUUUUGUCGCUGUGUGAGGUAGACUCACUCUGCCCCAGGACGCUCAAUUUUAGUGAUCUCCUUUGACAGGAAUAGAGUGACUUUUUUUCAAAAUGUGCAGAUGGAGGCUUUUGUCAGUGAGAAGAUACAGUAUAUGAAGGUUUAAAAAAAGAGAUUCUAAAAUGAAGUGGUGUGUAUUUUGAAACUUGUGUAAAUGGAAUUAAGUUACUUUAUAUUUUGACAUCACUGGGAUGUGAUAAGCUGCAUGCAUAAAUAAAACAGUUUAGUUAAACAUUUUCUAACUAAAUCUGGUGCACU